AGUCUGGGGUGACCCUCCAGCCCCAUGGCCUGCGGGGGCGACGCGCGGCUGCUGCUGGGCCGGGACGAGGUGCUGCCGGUGCCCGCGCUGCUGGGCCCCGGGGUGCUGCUGGGCGCGCUGCUGGGCCUGGGCCUGGGGCUUCUGCUCGCCCGCCGCGCGCGCCCCGGACUGCAGAAGGACGACACUCAGAGUCUGCUCCGGAACCUGGAGCCUCGGGCGCCCACGCCCUCGGAAGCUGGGUCCCCAUCGGGCAGGAGAAGGAGACAGACUCGGAGGGCCAGGGAGGAGCCUGGCCUGGAGGAGCGCGAUGCCGCCCUCAGCAGCCCCGUCACCACGUUCGCCCUCAAGGCCAAGGUCGUGUACCCCCUCAAACAGAAGUUCCGGCCCCUGGCGGACGGCUCCUCCAACCCCUCCCUGCAUGAGACGCUGCGGCCGGCGCUGCCCCACCAGCCCCUGGAGGCCUCUCCCUGCAGCAGCCUGGACAGCGUGAGCCAGAGGGACAAGGAUGCCUCCAGCUCGGCCUCCAGCGUCCCCUCGGCCAGCAGCGAGGACAGGGCCCUGCGGCGCAGCUUCCUGAGGCCCAGCGGCUUCCUGGAGGCGCUGACCCGUGACGGGGUGGACGUGCACCUCUGCGCUUACAGUCUGUUCCUGCAGGACCUGCUGGCCGUGGACGCCCAGCUGAGGCACCAUAAGCGUCUGAUGUAUCUUCAGAUUUUAAAAAUAUGUCUCCUGGAGAUCCUUCCCAGAAAGAAGCCUGACGAUGGGAUCUGCCAGAAGAUUCUGGCCAAGCAGGACCAGGACCUGGAGGAGUUAGAAGAAAGGCUUCAGGCGAGGCUGUCGCAUGCAGAGGCGCUGGGCUCGGGCGACUCUGAGUAUGUCACCCUGGCAGACGUGGAGAGGAAGGAGAGAGAGAUCUCGGAGCAGCUUAUUGACUAUAUGGAGGCCUCCUGGCAGCAGGUCGGUCACACCCAGCAUCUGCUGAUGGAGCAGUUCGUCAGCUUGGGGUCCAGAGCGCGCCAGGCCCUGGCCACCAUGACAGAGAGGAUGAUCGUGCUGGAGGGGCGCCUGAGGGAGUCCCAGGACCUGCAAGUGCUGGACGCCCUGGACAGGAUGCUGGGCCGCGCCCACCUGGCCCAGGCGCUGGAGGGGCUGCGGCUGCGGCUGCCCGAGGACACGCGCUGCCGGCUGGGGGCCACGGCUCGGGCGCUGGAGCGGCUGGUGGCCGAGGGGUGGCUGUCGGGGCAGCUCAAGGAGGAGCUGCUGGCCGGGCAGCACACGGCCUUCUGGGGCGAGGCCGAGCGUCACCGCCGGGAGUUCUCCCGCCAGGCCGGGGAGAUGCUGAAGGUCGCACAGGACCAGCAGGCAGAGGGCGCCGCCCAGCUGGCCGCGGCCCAGGAGGACGAGCGGGAGGCCUUCCUCGCCCAGAUGCAGCUGACCACUGACCCCGAUGGCCUCCUGCAGGCCUUCCACGAGCUCCUGGAGGCGCAGUGGCUGGCGCGGCGAGAACUUCAGGACCAACACAGCUUGCAGGCGGCCGAGGCGCUGGCCCAGCUGGCUCAGGAGCUGCACGGGGCCGCCCUGGGCGCCUUCCAGGAGCUGGAGGAGGCUCUGUUCCUGCGGGCUCUGCCGGGUGCCAGCGGGCUGCCGGGCGCCGAGUGCCAGGCCCUGUGGCGGGAGGCCGGGGCCGCCGUGGCCAAGCAGCAGGGCAGGGCCGGGGGCUUCCGGCGGCAGAAGCGGCGGCUGUUCCGGGACCUGCUGGCACGGGAGGAGCAGCUGUGGCUGGAGGAAUUGGCCUUGGCCCAGCUGCUGCAGGUGCAGCUCCGCGAGGACCAGGAGGACACCGUCCUGCGGGUGCUGGAGCGGCUGGGUGGUCUCAGCCAAGAGGUGACCCGAGGGCUCCUGAGGGGACACGAGCUGCUGCUGCGCUCGGGCCUGCGCCUCGUGGCCCUCCGGGGCUGCGCAGUCACUGCCCUCACGCAGAUGAGGCUGUCCGGGCAGAAGGCCAGGCUGCAGGAGCUCAGGGAGCAGCGGGCGAUGGAGCAAGGCGUCGGGCCCUGCCUGGAGGAGGACCAGUGGCAGCGGCUCAGGGCCCUGGAGGCCAGCAUGGAGGAGGAGGACUGCCGGCUGCAGGAGGAGGCGCAGCGGGCUAGGGCCCGGCUGCAGGAGCAGGUGCUGGCAGAGGCGAGUGAGGUGGGCCGGCUGCUGCGGGUGCACACGGAGAGGGCGCUGGGCCUGGCGCUGCGGGGCCGGGCGAGGACAGGACCCCCGGGGGUGCAGGACACCGGCGAUCAGAGCUCCCUGGUGGACAGGGCCGUGGAAAGCGUGUACGUGACCAGCGCAGGUGUGGGGCGUCUGGUGGGAGCCUACCACCAGCAGCUGGAGCGGGUGGUCCAGGAGCACAAUGAGAGGACCCAGCAGCAGCUGACAGCACUACAGGAAAAGCCGCCGGCGAAGCCUGAGCUCAGGGACAAGGCGGCAGCAGCGGCCCAGGCACCCCGCCAGGCUGUCCACCAGAGGCUGCUGGCUCAGCGGAGGCGGUUCCUGGCCCAGUUCUCCGCACACCAGCGCGCCCGUCUGCAGGCUCAGGGGCAGAGGACGCAGGCCCUGGAGCUGCUGGAAACCCAGCUGGAGACGGAGCUGCAGGAGGCCGAGCAGGGCUUCGUCCUGGAGCUGGAGGCCUUGGCGCGGGUGCCCCUGGCAGAAAGCCAGCCCUCCUCCAGCCGCCGGGGGCUGCCGGAGAAACCGCUCAGGACCAAGAAGAAGAAGCCCCCGCCCGCUGCCCAGGAGAGGGAGGACCCCGCACCCCCCGAGGACGAGGACCCUGCCCCGGGGGGCCCCCCCACAGGAUCACUCGGCGGCAGAAAGCCGGAGCGGGACGGCAGGGGGACAGGGAGCCCCAAGAAGAUGUUCAAGAGAAGAAGCAACGUGUAGCUAAAGGCAGGGGAGCCUCACACCCUGGGAGGCCCUGCCCCUGCCCCAGUGGGGUGGGACCCGGGGUGACACUGAGCGGGAUGGCGCCCCCCCACGAGUCUUGAUUGCAGGGAGGGGGUACAGACGAUGGCAGCCGACUGCCUGAGGUGCUGGAUGCCUGGGUGCGGGAACCCAGCCCCGCUAGUUCUCUCUCAGUCUGUCUCUGUCUCUCAGUCUGUCUCUGUCUCUCAGUCUGUCUCCGUCUCUUUCUUGAGCUUUAGCUUUUUGAAGGCAAAGAUAAAAAGAAGAGCUUAGUUAGGGUCUUCUAUGGGCAAAGUAUUUCAAUGCCACAGCCCUAGAGAGACCCCACAGCCCUGCCCACCCUCCAUGGGCUCCCUGGGUGCUGUGCCUGGUGCUGAGAGAGGAGAGACCCCACAGCCCUGCCCACCCUCCAUGGGCUCCCUGGGUGCCGUGCAGGGUGCUGAGAGAGUAGAGACCCCACAGCCCUGCCCACCCUCCAUGGGCUCCCUGGGUGCUGUGCAGGGUGCUGAGAGAGGAGACACCCCACAGCCCUGCCCACCCUCCAUGGGCUCCCUGGGUGCUGUGCAGGGUGCUGAGAGAGGAGAGACCCCACAGCCCUGGCCACCCUCCAUGGGCUCCCUGGGUGCUGUGCAGGGUGCUGAGAGAGGAGAGACCCCACAGCCCUGCCCACCCUCCAUGGGGCUCCCUGGGUGCUGUGCAGGGUGCUGAGAGAGGAGAGACCCCACAGCCCUGGCCACCCUCCAUGGGCUCCCUGGAUGCUGUGCAGGGUGCUGAGAGAGGAGAGACCCCACAGCCCUGCCCACCCUCCAUGGGCUCCCUGGGUGCUGUGCAGGGUGCUGAGACAGGAGAGACCCCACAGCCCUGCCCACCCUCCAUGGGCUCCCUGGGUGCUGUGCAGGGUGCUGAGAGAGGAGAGACCCCACAGCCCUGGCCACCCUCCAUGGGCUCCCUGGGUGCUGUGCAGGGUGCUGAGAGAUGAGAGACCCCACAGCCCUGCCCACCCUCCAUGGGCUCCCUGGGUGCUGUGCAGGGUGCUGAGACAGGAGAGACCCCACAGCCCUGCCCACCCUCCAUGGGCUCCCUGGGUGCUGUGCCUGGUGCUGAGAGAGGAGACACCCCACAGCCCUGCCCACCCUCCAUGGGCUCCCUGGGUGCUGUGCAGGGUGCUGAGAGAGGAGACACCCCACAGCCCUGCCCACCCUCCAUGGGCUCCCUGGGUGCUGUGCAUGGUGCUGAGAGAGGAGAGACCCACAGCCCUGCCCACCCUCCAUGGGACUCCACAUUGGCCCUGGGGCCUCAAAGCUGGGCCCUGUGUCUAAUACGCUGUGUCCACCUGGUCAGCCAGCCCGUCCUUAAAGAAUGUACUUGCAGCCUGGGAGAAGUUGGUGCUGUGGCUAGAACAUUUUGCAGCUGUAUUUGUUCAGCGGAUGGAGAAUGAGAAAUUGGGAGCGAGAAAGGGGAGAUGAGAGGUAGAGAGAUACCUGCCGCUCUGCUUCCCAGCUUGUGAAGCUUCUUCCCCCCACAGAUGGGGGCCAGGGGCUUGAACCCAGGUCCUUGUUCACGGUGACGUGUGCGUUCUGUCAGGUGCACUGGCUGCCUGACCCCUCAAGAGCACUGCGUUUAAAGCUCGGGUUCCCUCUUCCAUGAUGCCCUGCUGUCUCUCUCUGUUUCUCUCUCUCUCUCUCUCUCUCUCUCUCUCUCGCUCCUCCCCUCCGUCAUGCCAGUAAGUUCAUGAAUCCUAACAUAAAAUAGAAUGUGCUUUUGCUCACCUGCCA